UCAGAUCUCGUUUAUUAGCAGGUGGGCAAAGUUUAAGUAGAAAACCAAACAAAGAACAUACUUCAAAUAUGUCAGAAAUUACAGGUUUCUUAAAGGUCAGCUUGCCCCUAUGGUAGGGGGCUGGUAUGACAAGAAUUGAUGCAGAUACAUAAAGGUCAAGAUAAUUAGUCUCCUGAUGCAGGCAUUUAAUUACCCAAAGGCUUUUGAGGGGAGGAGAGGGGUUGAACCAGUUAAGGCAAGAUAGAGAGAAGAUAAGCAAAUUAAGGACAUCAAAGGGCACUGCUAGGAGUGUGUGAUAAGGUGUGUUCUCCUCUGUGAACUUUGAGUAAGUGAAUCUUAAAGUAGGCGGCCAUGUGGCCUGCAGUUAGUGGAGGGAAGUAUUGAGGUCUCUGUGGGCUUGAGAGACUAACAAGGCAAGCUUAGUCUGGGAGACUUUUUCCCUCUUGGCUCACCUCUAUGACAAGAGAGACUUACAAGCGGGGUGUCUAUCCAGACCUCCAUCCAAGGAUGGGAGAGCUCCCCUAUGCUCUACCAAGCUAUCACAUAGACCCACAGAAGAUCUGUUGUUUUAUUUCAUCAAGCAAUGGAUUUGAACUGUAUCUUAUCAGACCUAUAACACUGAAACUGAAUUUAACUCUGGAAAUGCAAGGAGAGAAAAGACUGGAAAUGGAUUGUAGUAACUGCAUAAAGUCUAGGAAACUUCAGUUUUAUAAAUAUUUUAUUUUUUAAAAUAGAAAUAGAAGUUGAAAGGGAAAGAGCACAUAAACAAGGAACAAGCAAAACAGCUGCAGUACUGUUUCACUGUUCCUGAAGCUUCCCUCCUCCCGAUGGGACUGGGGCUUGAACCCAGAUCCUUGCACACUUUGAUGUGUGUGCUCAACCAGGUGUGCCACUCUUCAGCGCUAACAAAUUUGUCAUUAAAGUCCCUCUUAAGUCCCCUCAAGGCCUUUAGUCUGAUAACUCCAGUUCCAUAGCAUCAGUAAAAUCUCAACUAGUCCUAUUUUCCCAGUAACGGAAUUAUUGCCAUAUUGUUUCUCCCUUUACUUGAUUUCAGUGAGGUCACCUAAUUGAAAGAAUCUUUCACUUGAACAUUUUGUAUGUCUUUGUUAAGAAUCUUACCAUGACUGUGUAGGGAGAUGUCCAGAAACACCAGUUAUCCAGAGAAUCCUUCAAGGAUGCCCACAUAUUAAUACCCACCCCCUGGUUGUUGUUGUUUUUUUUUUCCUGUCCUCCAUUGUUUACACAUAAACUUGCUGCUUCAGAAUACAGUGGGGUUGAGCCUCUCACCAACAGGCAAAAGCACAAUGCAACAACUGCCUUCAACUCAUUCAAGUUGAAAUACUAAAAUUAUAUAUGGAUAUAUACUCUUUCCUUGUUUCUUUAUUUUAUUUCAUUUAUUUGUUUAUUUAUUUACUUAUUUAUUUAUUUUGCUUCCAGGGUUAUCUCUGGGGCUCAAUGCAGGCACUACGAUUCCACUGCUCCUGUGGCCAUUUUUUUUUUCUUGAUAUUUUGCAUAGGAAAGAGAGAAAUUGAGAGUGGAGAGGAAAGUCAGGGAGGAAGAUAGACACCUGAAGACCUGCUUCAAUGCUUGUGAAGUGAAACCCCCCCACACACACACAUACCGCUGGGGAGACAGAGGCCUGAACCAGGAUCCUUGGGCAGGUCCUUGCACUUUGUACUACGUGCACUUAACCAGGUCUGCCCCCACCCAGCCCCCUCCUUGUCCUCUACAUGCUGGUUCAUUCAUUGCCAGUGGGAUGACUGUUCCUCUAGGAAUAGCAGUGGGAAGAUGGAUAUAAGUAUGUCAUUGUCAGUGAGACAGCAAUUUUGCCAACCAAUCAAUUUAUACCUAAAGCAAAAUCAAUAAUCUUUACACAAUUUUUGGUGUAAUAUACUAAAUUUUUGGCAGUGAAUAUAAAGUAGUUAGACUUCAACUUUUAUUAUAUAUCUCAGAGUAAUGCCACAAUAUAACCACAAGGAGUUAAAUUAUUUAACUUUUAAAUUAUUACAGGAUCUACUUAAGUAGCCAAGUCUUAAUCACAGUUCUUUUGACUAGAUAUAGAAUCACUUACAACACAUCUCUAUAGUUAAGCCCAAUCACAGUGUUCAUAACUGAAAGAAAUAUACCCAGUAAAUUGUGUCACUUAUCUACCUAGGAUGGAGGUUAAUGAUCACUAGAUCCAAUUUCAAUAAAAGAAAUAUAAAUAACAGGGAGUGACACUGUGCAUAUCACACACACAAAAAAAUAAGUUUCCAAUCAUCUUCUACAUGGACAUUCAUAUUAUGUAGAGAGAAAACUUUUAGUCCUGAGGCUCUAUAAUAUGGAAGAUGUUUUAUUUAUACUAUUUUUCUGGUGAACCUAAUUAUGUAUUUUUGUUUUCUAUUCAUCAAACUCAUAUUUGACAAUCUCCUGUGGACAGAAUUGCUCUUUCCUAGUGAUGUGACCUAAUCCCAGCUUCCACUGCCGUGAGGACUAGAGAAUAUGCAAAUCCAAGGCCAGGUGCCAACAGACCUGAGAGAGACCUCUUCAGGUAGUGAAGGGGAAAAAAAAAACCUGAGAAACAAUGUGUGCUCUGAAGCUGCCAGUACUUCUCAUUGUGCUCUCUCUUGCAUUAAGCCAUCUGCAAGCUACACUCAUUGAAAGUCAUCAGGUGGAAAAACGGAGGUGCAACACUGCUACGUGUGCAACUCAACGCCUGGUAAAUUUUUUAAGUCGUUCCAGCAACAACCUGGGUGCCAUUCUCUCGCCUACUGAUGUGGGAUCCAAUACUUAUGGCAAGAGGAGUGCAGCUGAGAUUGUAGACAAAGAGCCACAGAAUUACUUACCCCUUUAAA